AUGACAGCCCGCGACCAUUCUUCAUCUGCCCGGCCCCUCGACGCCUUUGCGCGGUCAGUGCCGUCGACCAUGCCGUUUCUCGAGGCCGCGCCGGAGCCCAUCCUGCUGCCGGGCGACGGCACCAAGCCGACGGCCCUGGUGGACGAUGACGGGCCGGGCCGCCACAGCUCUGACAAGAAUGACGAGGAGCAAGCCUGCAGCGAAACGUCGCCUCUGUUGCAGGCCCUCAACCACACCGCGGCGACGCUGCGGACCAUCCGCAGCGACCAGGACAGCGACGCGCCGCCGCUGUUCCUCGACGGCGUCUCGCCGACGCGGUUCUGGCUCAUCUUCGCGCAGAUACUCGGCUCUCUCUUCAUCGGAUGCUUCGACAGCACCGUCAUGGCCUCGUCGCACCCGGUCAUUACCUCGCACUUUGGCGCCGCCCACGCCGCUGCCUGGCUGUCCACGACGUUCCUGCUCGCCUCGACCGCCUGCCAGCCGCUGCUCGGCCGCCUGUCCGACAGCCUCGGCCGCAAGCCGCUCUUCGUCGGCGGCGUCGGCGCGCUCGCCCUCGGCACCGCCUGGUGCGCCGCCGCGCCGACCCUGGGCAGCCUCGUCGCGGCGCGCGCGCUCUGCGGCGUCGGUGCCGGCGGCGCCAUUGCGUUGGGGAGCAUCAUGACGAGCGACCUGGUGCCGAUUGAACGUCGCGGCUCUUUUCAGGCGCUCAUCAACGCCACGUGGGGAACAGGCUCGGCGAUUGGGGCCGCGGCCGGCGGUUGGCUGGCGGAAACGGUCGGGUGGCGCUGGGAGUUUGGCAUUCAGGUGCCGCUGCUCGUCGUCAUCUUUGUGGCCUCGUGGGUGGCUAUCCCACGCGAUAUCGGCAUCCGCGGCAAGCCGGCCAAGACGGUCGUGCAGGCCCUCCGCGAGUUUGACCUCGUUGGCUCCGGCCUGCUGACGGCCGCAACCGCGGCGUUUAUCCUCGGCGUGAAUCUUGGCGGCACCAUUCUUCCUUGGUCCCACCCCAUUGUCGCCGCCUCCCUGGCCAUCUUUGCCAUGACGUUUCCCACCUUUCUCUGGGUUGAGUCGCGCUCGGCCCGGCCGAUUAUGCCGCUGCAUCUCAUCACCAAGACGCCCCAUGCCAACCUCAUAUUGGGCAACUUCAUCGCCUCGCUGCUCACCAACGCGGUUCUCUUCAAUAUGCCGCUGUACUUCCAGGCCGUCCUCCUCACGUCGGCCACCACGUCUGGCCUGCGGCUCGUGCUCCCAACCAUUGCCUCGUCCGUCGCCGGCGUGUCCACCGGGUUCCUCAUCACGCGCACGCGGCGCCUCAAGUGGCCGCUGCUCCUCGGCGCCGGCCUCAGCGUCGUCGGCAACCUCGCGCUGCUGCUCCUCCGCCGCCGCCUCGCGCCGCCGCUCUACGUGCUCGCCCUCGUCCCCAGCAGCCUCGGUACCGGCUUCCAGUUCCCCGGCACCUUCAUGGCCGUGCUCGCCGCCAGCCCCCAGCCCGAGCAGGCCGUCGUCACCAGCACCCUGCUGCUCUGGCGCAGCCUCGGCGGCGUCCUCGGCGUCGCCGCCAGCAGCCUCGUCGUCCAGACGGCCCUGCGCCACUACCUCGGUCUCCUCGUCCACGGCGCGCGCCGCCGCGAGGUGAUUGCCAGCGUGCAGAGGUCCGUCGGCGUCGUGGCGCAGCUGCACGAGCCCUACCGCGAACAGGUCAUUCAGAGCUACGAGGCCACGCUGCGCCUGACGUUUUUCUUCACGAGCGUCAUGGCUGUCAUUUCCUUCUUCUUGAUUGUUCCCGUCAAGCUCAAGCGUCUGCCGGCACCAAAGUAG